AUGGUGGUCAUGAGGCGGCAUCAAAACCCGCACCCGCAACAUCACGCGAACAACGACGAACACGACUCCGACCACCAGUUAUCCUUACGAGCCAAACGAAAUCGAGCGGCCACAUUACACGACCAGCAAGAGCUUCACAAACGUCGCAAACUAGGUGACAACCACCCACAGAAGCUACGCAUCCCUGUCCGUGCUCGUGCUGUUGUGCCCAAAUUCGAGCCUGCGCCCGCUCCAGAACUUCCGACCCCGGCUACCUCGAUCGAUUCGCCCACCCCGAAGCCACAAUAUGAUCAAUUCAGGAGAGUCGAGGAGAAAGCUAGAGCCUCGAUCCGCGACCAUGACCAUGAGGAUACUAAACACGAUGAACGUAGGAAACUGCGUUCUGAGCAUGGAGGCUCUCGAUCCAAAACAGAGCUUGCUCAAUACUUUCCCAACUUCGAGGAGAUGCUCAGUCUCGAACCCUCAGAUCCAGGUCAGUUCAAACCUAGCUUCUUCAGUCUGGCCCUUUCGUUGCUUAUACAUCCUACAGCAGCCUUGACCGGCCGUACCAAGAUCAUCCUCAUUGAUAAUACGCCGAACUUUGUGCCACCGCCUGGCCGGGACGACCCAUUCGGCACCCAUAAGCCGUUACAUAACGCGCAAAUAAUUGAUCUGCCAUCUUUGAAGGCGCCCAGGCGUGCAGCAGCACUAGACCCCCUAGGCGGGGAUGCGUAUCUCAAGAUCCAUCGCAAGGCUGAAAGGCACGAGAAGCAGAUGAAGAAUGGUGACCGGGAACGUGCACAACACGAGAAAUAUCAGCUGGAGCGUCUCCUUGAUGAUCUACGCGGCCCUGACUGGCUCAAGACUCUUGGUAUCUCCGGCAUCACCGAGACUGAAAAGAGGCGAUACGAACCUAAACGGUCUCUCUUCGUUCGUGAGACACAAGCAUUGAUCAACAAGUUCAAGUGGUGGAAGGAAGAGGAGAAGCGCCGAAAGGUGGAACGCGAGCAAGCUCUUGCUGAAGAAGCCGCUGAACUUGAAGCUGAAGACGUAUCAGAGACUGGCGGAAGCAGCCAGCGAAGUGCUUCGACUCAACCGCCCAACUCGAGUGAAUUGGACGCUCUGGCAUCUCAGCAGUUGCUCGAGGAGGCCAAGUCUGCCAACAAGCGCAGGAAAACGGCUCCCCCAGAUGUGGUUCCACCCCCUCCACCUGUACAUAAGCCAUUCGUUUCCUUCUUUGCCAAGAAGCACCUCAGGGAUGCCGCCGUGUCCGGACGGCAGCGUGGUCGAACGGUCCUUGCCUUUGGCCACCCCAUCCCGGAUCUUGGAGAGCAGGAUUUCAUCUUGCCCGAAGAGUAUCGGACCGAAGAUGCAAUCAAGUCAAGUCAGAGGUCCCGCCGCCGGCGGAAAAGGGACACGGAGAUAUGA